GUGGCUUCGUACUAUUACGGUUGACGACAUCCGUGUUAGCUAUGGCUAAUCUCGCUCUUGUUAAUGUUCGCACUUGUUACAAUUGCGGCGAUCCCAACCAUUUCGUUCGGUGGUGUACUCAUAAAUUUACUAUUCCUAAUCCUGGCCAGGCUCCGAUUCUUGCCUUGCCUGCUGCUUCGCUUCCUCCUCCUCCCCCGCCUCCUCCUCCUCCGCCCCCUGUCCCACUGGUUUCUAAUGCAGCGGUGUCUGCGUCCGGUAAUUCCAAUGGUCAGUACACGAAAGGUAGUGGCUGGUUUCAUACCAACCAGCGAGUGAUGGCUCUUGAAGAUUCGGUGGCAAAAAUGAGAGCCUGGUACGAUGUGGCAAUGAAGAAAGAAGCAGCACGUCUACAAGAAGAAGAAAAAUUGAAGAAGGAAAGGGAGGACAAAGAACGACGUCUCAAGGAUAGAAAAGAAAGAGAAUCAUUUCAGAAGGAGUUAGGCGAUGCUAUGAAUGCUAGGCUGGAUACUGUAUGCGAGUCAUUUCAAAAUCAGAAGAAGAACUCAGGAGCGGACGAGCACAAGAUUGAGAAACUUGAGAAAGAAAUUGAGAGUUUACGGCUAUCUCAGAGUAGGGCAAUAAGGAAUGACGAGGCUUCUACUAGUCAGCCCAUCGUAAGGGACGACGCGGUAUUGGCACGUCUGUUACAAGAGCAUGAGGAGAUGAAGGUUAGGGUGGAAGCAGCGGCCGUCGCGAAUAAGCGAGUGGAUUCGUUGGAGGAAGCGUUGCGAAUGAUAAAGCAGCAGCACGAGAGCGCCUCAACAGGAAAACUAGAUGAGGCGGGCGGAUCAGGUGCGAGGACGGUACGUGGGAAGAAGAAGACGAUUGCAUGGGAGGAUGUGGCUCAAGAGAGCGACCGAGAUGUCUUCAUUCGCGAAGCAAGGACGGAACUGCGAACGAAGAGAAAAAACGAUCUUAUGGAGAUUCGUUCGAAGGAGGGUGUGAAGUAUACAACUAUACCCGACACGAUUACGGAGAUCAUCGCCAAGCGGGUUGAAAAGACAUUUGGCAAGAAGGCGGCUGUGCAGGAGAUCUCGGAUGACGGGGGCAAUGAGGGCAACAAAGAGGAUGGGGGGGACUACGUUGAUUCAUAGGGUCCCUCCCGAGCACGACUAAUCUAUAGUCCUUAGCAGCUAAGUAUGUUGAUUUUCGUUCUCCUUCUACUCGUAAUCUUCGGUGUAAGGCGGUCGAUGCAUUGUUUCGUUUGGUAGUUGUCGUGCUCAUCUUGCUUGGGUUGGUUCCCUGGGCGUCUAUCCUUUCUUCGUGUGUCUCAAGGUGGUGGUUGUCCGGGGGGAUUCUGAAGGGGCCGUUGGUUUACGUGUUAGUGUCUCCUUGGUAUCGUCAUUUAUAUGUAGGAAGCACGGGCAGAGAUGUGGAAACUAGAUGGAAUGAACAUGUGUACAGGGCAUGUAAUGAAGCAGUGAUUGCGAA